AUGCAGGGAGCGCAGCAGGGAACCCAGGGAACCCAAUCGCAAGGCAUGCAGGGUAUCCUAAACAUAGAGCAAAAAUACCAGCUAAACAACCCACAACCAUUCGCAUUUUCGUCCCCAACAAACAUGCCUUCCAUCGGCAUUGAAACACAGCCGAACAAUCUAAACCUAUCCCUCGGUCCAACUCACGGCGUGGCAAUCAUGAAUCUAUCCGCACUGCGCUCGGCAAUGGUCUCGCCGCGUGCGCGCGGGAACGAGAUGUGCAGUACUACCACUGCUACUGCUACGACCAGUAGUACGGCUACCACUACCGCCGCCACGAGCACGACGCUUACGAAAAGAACCUCGGUGGACGAUGACGAUGACAAUGAUGACGGAACUGGAACUGGAACUGGCCCCGGUGAGUGGCCCUGGCCCUGGCCCUAUCCACCCGAAACUGGCCCCGGAGUUGAAAUUGAGACUAUUCGCUCCAGGAUGCUCCGGACAGUACACUGGACCUCCGCGGCGGAGAACGGGGGUUCUGAGAACGACGGUUCGGAAUCGCGCGAGAGCCGCGUUAUGAAUAUGGAGAAUCGCCCGCUUACACCGUCGUGUCUGUUGCUUGAGGAGGGAGGGGAGGGUACUACUCAUACUCAGUGA